AGUUUUUUUUAAAAUCUUUCCUUUAUACAUUAUUCUAGGUUGGAGAUCUUGUUUUUGCACAGUUUGUUGUGGCCAAUAAAGAUAUGGAACCAGAACUGGUUUGCAUUGACAGCUGUGGCCGAUCUAAUGGGAUGGGAGUGAUUGGACCAGAUGGAUUAUUAUUUAAAGUUUCACUGAGUAUUGCACGCAAGCUGCUUUCUCCAAACUGUGACGUCAUGAAGAACCUCGGGGAAUUGUACCCAUUUGAAGUAGUGGUUGGAAUGAAUGGACGGAUAUGGGUAAAAGCCAGAACAUUGAAGCAUACGUUAUUAGUGGCUAAUGUAUUGGAAAGCUGUGGGAACAUGACUGCGGAACAAAGGAGACAUGUCUUCAAAAAACUGUCAGAAAAUGUGCCAUAAAUCCAAGACUCAUCAAAUUCAAUAUGAGUGUUUUGAACUUGGAUAAAUGUCCUUGAAGAUACAAACACUGGAAGAAAAAUGAUUUCGAUUAUAACAUGAACAGUUUGUCUGACGUUUUGAUAACUAAUAAAUAUUUUGGUUAUAAAAUA